AAGCGUGGGCGACGGGUACAAGUGGGGCUCUCUCGUCUCGCUUCUCCGCGGUUUCCCCAUAUCACCCUCCCCGCCUCUCCUCUCCCCUCCCCCACAGCCAGAGACCCGUUCCGUCCCGUCCCGUUCCCUUCCUCUUCCGGCGACCCGCUCCCUCGCCGGCAACCCCCGCGGUGGGGCCCCCAUUGCUGGCCCUCAAUUGCGCCAGUGCCCCCGCCUCCACCUCCACCUCCACCUCCCGCGUAGCUCGCGCGGGAAAAUAACCGACGGGGCGAGGAAGGAAGGAGGGCCGCGCCGCGCGUGCCGGCUUCGGUCGGGCCGGGAGGGAUCCCCGUCGCCGCUCGCUCGUCCGGAGGGGAAUGCGGGACCUGUGCCGCCGGGGAAUUGUCUAGACGGGCCUCCGCAACCGCGCCGCGCCCCGCCGGAGUCAUGGUGGAGGGAAGGAGCUGUCUCCCUGCAGAGAUCAGGAAUGGGCUUGAGACUCUGAAGAAGAGGAGACUUGAGAGGAUGCGUUUGAGUGCUCAGAAAGACACCGGUGACAAUCCUGCCAUGGCUGCGAGGAGCGGCGGGGAUUCACUGCGGACUCCUGCAAACUGUGGGGUGAGAUUGCAUGCCAACAACGUUACUGCGGGUUUACCUAGCACUAGCAGUGCCCAGAACAAUAAUCCAUUCGCAAAGCGCAAGGUGGACAAGUUCAAUAUGUCUAACCUAGAGUGGAUAGACAACAUACCAGAGUGCCCUGUGUAUUGCCCCACCAAGGAGGAAUUCGAGGAUCCCAUUGCGUAUAUACAGAAAAUUUCCCCAGUGGCUUCAAAAUACGGCAUUUGCAAAAUUGUGGCUCCUGUAAGCGCUUCUGUGCCUGCUGGUGUCGUGCUGAUGAAGGAACAACCUGGUUUUAAGUUCAUGACUAGAGUUCAGCCACUUCGUCUUGCUGAAUGGGCUGAAGACGACACGGUCACUUUCUUUAUGAGUGGACGAAAGUACACUUUCAGAGACUACGAGAGAAUGGCCAACAAAGUGUUCUCUAAGAAGUAUUCCAGUGCUAGUUGUCUCCCUGCUAGGUACGUGGAGGAGGAAUUCUGGCGUGAAAUCUCUUCUGGAAAGAUGGAUUUUGUUGAAUAUGCUUGUGAUGUUGAUGGGAGUGCCUUCUCUUCUUCUCCUCGUGAUCAGCUUGGGAAAAGCAACUGGAACCUCAAGAAUUUUUCACGGCUCCCCAGUUCUGUGCUGAGACUUCUGCAGACGCCAAUUCCAGGAGUGACAGAUCCAAUGCUUUAUAUCGGUAUGCUCUUUAGCAUGUUUGCAUGGCAUGUCGAAGAUCACUAUUUGUACAGCAUCAAUUAUCAUCAUUGUGGGGCAUUUAAGACAUGGUAUGGGAUACCAGGCGAUGCUGCUCCUGGAUUUGAAAAGGUGGCAAGCCAGUAUGUGUACAACAAGGAUAUUUUGACUGGUGAUGGAGAGGAUGCGGCUUUUGAUGUUCUGUUAGGGAAGACAACAAUGUUCCCCCCAAAUAUCUUGUUAGACCACAAUGUUCCUGUUUAUAAAGCUGUGCAGAAGCCUGGAGAGUUUGUUAUAACAUUCCCUCGUUCAUACCAUUCAGGUUUCAGCCAUGGCUUCAAUUGUGGAGAGGCUGUCAAUUUUGCUAUUGGCGACUGGUUUCCCCUGGGCUCUCUGGCUAGCAAACGCUACGCACUUCUGAACAGAACACCCUUUCUUGCACAUGAGGAGCUACUUUGUCGUUCUGCGAUGCUUCUGUCCCACAAACUGAGUGAUCCAGAAACAGUUAAUUCUGAACAUCCAUACACUCAAUAUUGUGUGAAGUCUUCCUUUGUGAGAUUGAUGCGACUGCAGCGGCGCACACGCAGCUUACUCGCUAAAAUGGGUUCUCAGAUAUACUACAAGUCAAAAAUGUAUUCGAACCUAUCAUGUAGCAUGUGCCGGCGUGAUUGCUACGUUACACAUGUGUCAUGCGGAUGCACCUUUGAUCCUAUCUGCCUUCAUCAUGAACAAGAACUGCGGAGCUGCUCUUGUAAAUCUGACCGGAUUGUCUACGUCAGAGAGGACAUACUGGAGUUAGAGGCUCUAUAUAGAAAAUUCGAGCAGGAUAUUCGCCUGGAUAAGGAAACAAGUGCUAAUGUCUCGUAUAAGCAAGCUGCGAUUUCUGAUAUUGGUGAUGAUCAUGGUCCAUCAGUUGGGACUAACCAGGACAUAAGCAACAGUGAAGCAAACUUGCUAGAAGCAAAUGCUGCUAACGGUGGAAAGAGUUCUCCUGCAACUUCAUCGUUGACGUCUUUUGCACAACGAGACGGGUCUCUGGCUGCAGAACCAAAGGCCCAUGCAGCUCGAACCGACCAAAUUUGGUCAAUUACUAAGCAGUUCAUAAAAACAUCAUCAAUGGAAGGAAAUGGUCUGCUGGAUGGCAAUUCAUCCUGCAUGGCUGAUGCUUGCAAUGAAAUUAGUUCCUGCAAUGCUUCACCCAUGGAAUACAGUGGCAAUUCUGAUUCUGAUUCCGAAAUCUUCCGGGUCAAGCGCAGAUCCAGCAUAUUAGGAAGAUCUGCUCCUGACACAAAGACAACAAACAUGUCUGAACAGAAGGUUCUGAAGCGGCUGAAGAAGGCAUCCCCAGAAACACAACAUGACAAUAAGCGACCUGAAGAAGACUCAGUUCCCUCAGUUAGUAUGAGGCACAAUAAGUCAAAUUCUGCCUCUUCUGAGGAAGAUAGAGAGGACAUGGUUCCCAUUGCCUGGAGGAUGAAGCGGCGGCAGCUGGAAGCUCAACAAGGCGACACCAGUUAUGCCGUGCAGCAGUCGAAGGUGUAUCCAUCUACCAGCAGCUGUUCCCAGCAGCAGUCGAAGGUGUAUCCAUCUACCAGCAGCUGUUCCCAGCAGCAGUUUGCGGAGGCAACUAAAGACGCAGCAGCCUCAGAGGUCCGGCCGAAGCGGCUGAAGAUCCGGUUGCCUCGUAGCUAUAACAGGCUGGUCGAGCAGCAGCAGCAGGGCAGUUCAGGCCAGAGAUUUGCAGUGGAUGACAAGCCGCCUGGGUUUUGGCAUACGGUUUAGGGUAGCCGACGCUCAGGUGCUAACAACCUCGACAGAUAGGACUCAAUUCUUUGUUUAGGUGCAUUGUUAACUACACGAGGGCGCUUGCAUUUUGGUUAGCACAGAUGCUGACUGACUGGGUUUAGAAAGGAGAGGAGGGUAGGGCUGAUUGCUUGGUUAAUCAAUUCUUUGUGCAGCAGGGCCUCCAAUUUGAGGCCGGCCUAGGUAGGCACACGGUUAUUAGAAGGAGACAAGACGAUUAUUCAUCACGUUGUUUAGAGGCUUCCUCUGAGUCACCGCUUGCUGGCUGCUCUUUGAUGCCUGCAUUGCCCGUGACGGAAUUGGGCCUCUCCAUUCUGCAAGUGUUUUCUUUUGCUUAGCAGCUGUAUAUCUCUUUCUUGUUUUUAUCGUCAAAAACAAGGGCAGCGCUAGCUGUUGCUAACUGUAUUCUUUCGUACGCUUACCUGCUCCUGAUGAAAUAUUCAAUCGAUCAAUCAUUCUUUUCGGAUGUUGA